GGUCAAUGCAAACGGGGGUCCGUCAGAGCGCCGGUUCUUGCAGGAUCCUGCAGGGCCAGGGGUGCACUGACCCAGGCGUGGGUGCAGGAUCCUGCAGAAUCUCGCAGGAUCUUGCAGGAUUCUGCAGAGCCCGACGGCCCUGGGUUGCAUUGGCCCGGGUCCGCAGGCCCCCGACCGGGCGCGCGGGCCCGGCCCCAUCCUGUUCGCUUCGCCUCGCUGCGUGGCGGGCAGGUCGUCGCGUGCGAGGCGCGCUGGCGCGCGGCUCCCCGGCCCCGCUGCGCGCGCUGCCCCGAGGCCCGGGGGCGUCGGAGCUGCCACCCCGCAGGGAGCGGGCCCGCCCGCGUGCGGAGCAGCGCGCGCGCCACCGGCGCGGCGGGCGGAUGGCGGUGCGCGCGCUGGACUCGAACGAGGCGGCCAUGUGGUUCGGGGCGGUCAACCCACGAGGACUGGCGGACUCUGCGGCGGGCCCCGCCCGCCGUCCGCGCCUGCCGGGGCCUCGUGCUGGCGGCCGCCGCCCAGGACCCGCGGGCGCUGCAGUACGCCAGGGAGUCGCUGUGGGAGGACCCGGCCUUCGCCGUCGAGUGCUUGCGGGUCUCCGGCGGCCGGGCCGCGCCCUUCCUGCCGGCGGCGCACCGCCAGGACCGCGCGGUGAUGAUGGAGGCCGUGGCCCUGGACGGCCUGGCCCUGAACAGCGUCUACGGCACCGAGCUGCGGGCGGACGCGGAGCUGGUGCGGGUGGCCGUGCGCCAGAACUGGGCCGCCCUGCAGUUCGCCUCCGAGGCCCUGCGCCAGGACCGCGAGCUGGCCCUGGAGGCCGUGCGGAUCUCCUGGGAGGCCGUCGAACCAGAAGAAGCGGCGGAGCAAAUCCGCGGACGGCGUGUGUGCACCGUGCCUCGCUUGCGUCUCCCGAGGCGUCGUCGAUCUUCGGCCCAGGAGUGGUACGGUGCACAGUUCUGUCAGCCCGCGGAGCCGGACAGGCUGUGUGCACCGUGCUGCGUCGGAGCGGGCUCCGAAGGGAGUCCAAACAUGCUACGGUGCACGGGCGUCGCCCUCGCAAUACAACGCGUUCUUCCUGAGCACCGCGCGGAUCUCUCGGAGCCGUGCUGGGCACCCCCGGCGCCGCCCCUGGCGGCGCUCCGCGCGCCAAGGGCGGGGGGGAGGCCCUCCCGCCUCGCUCCGAGGCGUCCGCGCGGAGCUCCGCGGGCCCCUCCCUCCCGUGGGAGAGAGGCCGUCGCGCUGCUGCCCGCGGAGCUCCACGCGGACCGCGGCGUGAUGCUCGAGGCGCUGCGGCAGAGCGGCGAGGCCCUGCGGUACGCGGCGGAGGAGCUGCGGGCGGACCCGGCCCUGGUGCGGGAGGCGGAGGAGCGGGGCUGGGCCGUGGCGGCCACGGGCGAGGAGCGCAACUACCACAGCCUCAACUUCGCCGAGGAGGUGCGCCUCCCGCCGAUGGGCUCCAGCUCGUGGGCGGCAUGAGCCGCCAGCCCUCCUCUUCGAAUGAGGAUCGACGACAUCGCAUGUCUGGGAAUCGCCUCGCCAGCGUGAGUUGCUUCAGCCUGACUCUGCCGUAGGCAGGGCCACCUCUUUCUCAGGGGAGGUUUAGCUCGACCAUGCCGUAGGCAUGGCCACCUCUUUCGGUGAAGCACGGCCUGGUCGCACCUCGCUCCUGGGCAGCGACCGGCCCUCGGGAAAGGAGC